AGAUUUUAAAAUUGUCAAUCUGUCAAACAAAUUAAAAAACUCAAAUGCAGCCGAUAAAUUCUUCUAUUAUUUUACUGUAAUAAAUGUAUCAAAAUUGGAUAUUACCUAGGGAUAAAAUGCAAAGUACAAUAAAAGAACUUUUGGACGCCUUAGGAUGUAAUUUAGAAGCUGAUACCGUUUUAGACUACAUCCAGAAUGAUCCCAAUUACGGCAAUAGCAGCUUGACAAUCAAACAAGCCAAUGAAUAUGCACAAAGACUUGCACUUAAAGCUUCUAAUGCUAAAGUUUUUCUCAAAAAGUACGAGGAUCUGAAAAAUCGCAACACUGAUAAUUUGUCAGAUAUGGUUGUAUUAUUUUAUAAACUGGUGUGUGAGGAUAAGAAAACAAGAAUCUCAAAGCCCAAAGUGGCGCCAAAACCUGUCAUGGGCGACAACAAGCACCAGAUCACUAAAGAUGACCUUCCCCAGAUUAAAGACAAAUUACUGAAAGCUGUUGAUGAGAGUAAGAAGUUGGUAAUGAAGUCGUUUGAGGAAAAGGAAUCGAAGCUGAGACCGAAUUGGUACAGCAGUCUGGAUUUACCGAACUGGCAAAAAGACCAUCCCGCUAUGUCCUGGGAUUUCCCCAAGGAACCAGUACCAAUAGUUGCUUCGUUAGCUGGAAUCCCAAUAGCGUCGCAAGAAAAUAUAAUAAUCGAGGAGCUUCUGUAUGUAUUUUCUGGCAUCCCCGGAAAUUUCAUAGUCCAUCAACCUGUUAAGGAUGUAUUUGAUGCUAGAACGUUUCUAAUAUCUGAAGAUUUGGACGACGCUUUGAGACAAAUUGUCCAACAAAUGUUGCCAUUAGCUUCAAACUACUCGAUAGUGAGGAGGUUCAUAGAGAACUGUGAUAUGUGGUCGGGUCAAGUGUUGCAUGCUUUAGUUGCCGGCAUUGAGGUUUUACUAAAAGAUUAUUAUACCAUGCUGGCCCAACUGGAAACGGAACAGAUGUCAUCGAACUUGACGCUGCAAAAGCUAUGGUAUUUUGUACUGCCCACCAUGCACACCAUGCAAGUGUUGGCAGCUAUAGUCACUUGUAUCGGAAAGAGUGAAUUAAGAGGUGGUGCGGUUCUGACAGUAUUACAUGAUAAGACGAACACGCUGAUGGGUGAUGCGAGGGCACAAGAAAUAUCCUUAUUUCUCACUGAGAGGGCAUGUCGACCUUAUUUAUUCAUAUUAGACCAGUGGAUACAUAAAGGAACGGUUAUUGACCCAUUUCAGGAGUUCAUGAUAGAAGACAAUGAACUGAUCAACAAAGAGGAACUGCCAGUAGAUUAUUCAGCGGACUACUGGGAGAAGCGGUACUGCAUACAGAGGGAUAGAGUGCCCAAGUUUUUGGAAAAAUUCACAGACAUCAUACUAAGGACGGGCAAAUACCUGAAUGUUAUCAGCCAGUGUGGUAAAUCAAUAACGAAGCCGAACACAGAGGAAAUCAAAUAUUCACUCCGCGAACAAAACUAUGGAGCUAUAAUACAGAAGGCCUAUUCAUUUGCUAGCAAGUCUCUGUUGGAACUGCUGUUGAAGGAGUACGAUCUGAUGGGUCGCUUGAAAUCCGUCAAGAACUACUUCCUCAUGAGCCAGGGUGACUUCAUAGUGCAGUUCAUGGACGCCACGGAACAGGAGCUGUCCAAGAAGAUUGAUGACAUCAUACCUUCCAAAUUAGAGUCGCUCCUGGGUCUCUGUUUGAGAUUAUCAGCCGCUAGUCAUGACCCCUAUAAUGAGGACAUGAGAGUUGAACUGCUGCCAUACGACCUGCAAUUCCAGAUGUUCAAGAUACUGUCCAUUGAGACUAAGGAUGAGAAAGAAUACAAACAGAACAAGGAGUGCCCUCCGCUGUCUGGUAUUGAGACGUUCUCGUUCGGCAUGGAGGUGAAGUGGCCGGUGUCCCUGAUCCUGAACCACAAGGCGAUCGCCUGCUACCAGAUGAUAUUCAGACACCUGUUCUACUGCAAACACGUGGAGAGGCUGCUCUGUAGGGUGUGGCUGUACAACAAGGUGGUGAAGCGCUUCUCGGAGGCGCGGCUGUACGCGGACUCGUUCGCCCUGAGGCAGCGCAUGCUGAGCUGCAUCCAGCACCUGCAGUACUACAUGUGCGUGGAGGUCAUCGAGCCGUCCUGGUGUCAGCUCAUACAGAGCCUGGACAGCGUGAAUAACGUAGACGAGGUUCUGGAGCGGCACAACGACUUCUUGGAGUCGUGUUUAGGUGACUGCAUGUUGACGAGUCCCCAGCUGUUGAAGGCGGUCACCACGCUGUGCCUCGUCUGCGUUCAGUUUUGCACUUUCAUACAGGAGAUGCGAAAGUACUUCGUGGACGCCGAGUUAAACAGUAUGCUCGGGACGUCCUGUGAUAAUGAUUACGAGAGCGCGGAGUCCACCCCCGGCCCGGGGUGCGGGGGCUCGGCGGACUCGUUCUCCCGCUCCGUGUCCCGGUACGGUCUGAGGUUCACGGCCGCCCUGCUCUCCGUCCUGGCGAUCAUCGAGCGUAUGGCGAGAGACAACAACACCAACAAACUGCUCAACAUAUCCGCCAGAUUAAAUUUCAACACAUACUACGUGAAGCAGUUGGAGAAGUUCUGUUCCGACGAGACGCUCCUCGAGACGGACAAGAAGACGGGCGCCUCCUAGCAUCCGGCCCUGCGCGUCACCGCGGUUUAAACAUGGCGCCAUCUCUUGAACAGAACACGCACUCGGGACAUACUACUAGAACUGCCCCCAACAUACUAGCAACGCCAUCUAUUGAACAAAACGAGUACUAACAGUUGUAGACAAACUAUUCAUUAUCACAUCCAAAUUAGUUUAUUGUGUAAACAACGCUCUGCUACAAUAUGUGUAGCUUAUAGUCGAAAUACAACACUUCAGAGCCCUUCGGGAUCCCGUUACGUGAAUAGAUAAAAUGUUCCCGAAUUGAAGUUUAGGAAAAUGUUAAAUAAAAUUAAUGUAGAGUACGUACUAAGUUUAGAUCCGAACAGAGCUUGUACAAGACUAUACAUUCGAUAAUAGUGCUAUGAGAUUAGGUUAAACGCUGAUCGGCUGUUAUUUUUAUAUCACACCGAGAUAAGGCAUAUCGAUAACUUUUAUAAUACCUCUCGAUGCAUGCGGGGAGUGUUUUGAGCAAAAUAAAAUAAAGCAAUUUCAUGAGUGAUUAUCAAUAAUGAAACAAGCGCAGUCCCAAACGAUGACCGGCAUCGAGCGACCCGCGUCACUAACGGUACAAAUUACAAAGUCGAUUGAAAUAUUUUUUAAUACAAAACACUUUGUACUCUAAAAUAAUAUUUUUUUAACGAGCACAUGUAUUAGACUGAGAUAAGAGAAUUAAAUUAACGUAGGAUAGGGAAUUAAGAUUGCGUGAUGCUGAUGACUUGGAGGGCCUUGAAUAUUUUUUAAAUAUCAAAUUUAUGCGCUCUCAGUAAGAGAUCUGUUGUAUUAGGACGUUAGUGGAGACGUUAGUUCUAACCGGAAGUGCGACGUCUUCAUAUAAUUAGAUAGUAAUUAGUGUUUAAAAUUCCUUGCCAUAACGCGCCAUGACUUUAGUUAGCUGUGAACGUACUUCCAUAGCCGCUGAUUCUUUCCCAGCGAGUAUUUUCUAUUACAGUCUCUUCGACAAUACGGGAUAGUUCUGCUUGUCUUUCUAACAGCUAGUCGUCAAGUUGUAUGGCAGCAGUAUUUUGUUUCCUUUCCAUUUACAAUAAAAGUCACAAAAUUGAUAACUAACAAUAUUUUAGCUGAAUAAAUAAUUAUUUUUAA